UGCGCCAUUUUGCUGCGUCCACAGCCAUCCGGCAAGAUGGUCCCCUUGCUUUGUCUCCCCUGACCGGAGUUGUUUCUGUAUUCUGUGGCUAUUCUUGCUUCUGUACCAUCGAAAACCUGCAAAUUGGAUUGAACUGGGUCACUUGUACCUACAACUAAACGGCUGUCUGUCUGUCAAGGAAUGACGACGGUUAAAAGCAGGUAAAAUGAGUCUGGCUUCUUCUGAAUCACACCUUGACCAAAUGUCAGAAAAAGCAGAGGAGCCUGGUAGCUCAACAGAAACUAUGAAGCCCUCCUCUUCUCGCAACAAGAGGAAGUCCGCCACUGUAGCUAAGCACACUGGACUGAAUGAAUCUGACACCUCAGGUGAGAGUGAAAAUGAAGGUGCCACCUCUGACAACCCUUCAGACAAUAACACAAGCAGCGCAUCUAAAGGUACUUUAGUGAUGAGGCCAGCUGGGAAUGAAAAUAAAGGUGCCAUGAAGCUCAGAGUGGAUUUUAAACAGAAACAUACAGAUGACACCCUGCAGAAGAAAGUGAACUGCACUGCCUGUGGAAAACAAGUAAACCAGUUUCAGCGCAACUCUGUGUACGAGCAUCCUGCGCUCAAAGUACUUAUUUGCAAGUCAUGCUACAAGUAUUACACAAGUGAUGACAUCAACAGAGACUCUGAUGGCAUGGAUGAGCAGUGCAGGUGGUGCGCUGAAGGUGGCAAACUCAUCUGCUGUGACUACUGCAACAAUGCCUUCUGCAAAAAGUGUAUUCUGCGCAACCUGGGCAGGAAGGAGCUUUCAGUCAUUACUGAUGAGAACUCAAAGUGGCACUGCUAUGUCUGCAGAUCAGAGCCUCUCCAGGAUCUGGUCUCCAAAUGCCACCGCAUCAUGGAAAAACAAGAACUGCAACUCAAGCAACGAAAACCGGACAAAAGCGAGGAACGUGAGAGCAAGAAACACAAGAACAAAGCAGUCAAAGAGCACAAAGUAGUUGUGAAUGGGAAAGAACAUACUGAAGGCUCAGGGACCAUGACAUUCUCAUACAGAAAACUGCAGGUACCCAAAGAACUUAUAAAGAAAACAAAAAAGCUUGUUGAAACAACUACUGGUCUCAACAAUACAUUCAUUCAGUUCAUACAGCAGACAGCUGAGGAACAGGGAGAUAGGGCUGUCAGGUAUCGGCAUUUGAAAGCCUUCAAGGCCGUGCUUGCUGAUCUGAAAAAAGCCCACAGUGCAUUGGAGGAGGCUUUGGAGCCUGAAUUCAGAAACAUGGAGUUGCAGAAUGGAAACGAAGUGCAACAUAGUGUAAGAAAGAGCACUAAUGUUGUCGCCCCUGUAGAAAAUGACCAUUUGGAUAAUGUUGUGGAUGCAGUUGAGAAGGCUGAAGUGGCAGAGGAGGUUGAUGCUGAAGAGGAGCAUUUCGCAGAAGAGGAUGAUGACGUAGCUGAGGAGGCUGACAUAGCAGUGGAGGCUGAUGCAGCCGAGGAGGCUGACAUGGCAUUGGAGGCUGAUGCAUCCGAGGAGGCUGAUGUAGCCUUUGAGGCUGACGCAGCAGAGGAGGCUGACGUUGCAGAGGAGAAUGACAAGGACCAGCAUAAUGAACAGGACAAGGACGAUGAUCAAGUGUCAGCUGAGACUAAAAUGAGAGACAGCCAAACAGAAACUGAUGUAACCAAAAAGACAAUUAAAACUGAAGUAUGUGAUGAUGAGCUAGUGUCAGCUGGGGAAAUGUCCCUAGAUCACGACAUUAUGUCUGUGCCUCCCUCUGUUCCCGAAGAGCUUUUUCAAAUGGUGGAGAGUCUUGCCGAUUCCACCAUGCUCUCACAGACUGACACUGAUUUGGUCACAGAUGCUGAUCUAAAGUCAAAUGGAAACUCAACAGACUCUCAGCCCACCCAGCCCAAGGUGAAGAACCUCAUUGUCAAACUGACUCCUGUGCCUGUUGUGACGACGCGUGGGUCAAGGUCCUCCAGGUCAAAAAACAAAGAAAAAGAUGGAGAUGUGCAAAAAAAGCAUGAAGAACAAAACGAGAAGGAAAAUGAUGAUGCUGCUGAUGCUGUAGAUGGGACAGACGGGACAGACAGUCCUCCACCAGGCCGUCGCUCUAGUAGACUGAAGACCACUCCUCUGAGGAAGCAGGCUGACAAUAAGGAUGAGUCCUCUGAGUCAGAAUCUGAGAAGGAUGGUAAGAGUAAGGUCAAGUCUUCAAAGAAAUCCAGUAACAACAAGAAAGAGGAUAGGGAGGAGACCAAGGAUUCAGAGAAAAAGAUGGUGGAUUCUGACUCAGAUGAAAUUCCUAACAUACUGUUGGAGAAAGCUGCAGCGGGCCACAGCACAGAUGAGGAACAGGGAAGCACAAGUGCUAAAAAGUGUUUAUUCAAACUAAACAAUACAUCUACUAAAGACAAAGACAAAGCGUCCAAACGCAAGAGGAAGCCCGAAAGCUCUGAUUCAGAUUUUGAAAGCAAAAGUAAAAAGACGUCCAAGAAGAAAAAACAGGAUGGCUCAGACUCCUCUGACUCUGACUCUGACCAGGAGAAGGAGAAAAAGAGUAAAGUGGCCACAUCAAAGAGGAGGUCUAGUCGAGUGAAGAAACAAGAUGAAACAAAAGAGGAAGACAAAAACUCACAUGAGAGGAAAGGAGCCAAGACGAGAAGGUCUUAUGAAAAGAAGCGCAGGGGAAGUAACUCCAAAGCAGCCUCCAACCUGCAGUCGUCCUCCAGUGAGGAUGAGGAGGAGCAGCAGGCUGAAGAUGACUCAGGAGAGGACAGUGACGAACAAAAGAUCAAACGUAUUGUGGAGGAUAACGUGGUGGGAAGUAGUGGACCUUUUCAUCAAUCCUCAGGAGAUGAAGAGGAUGAUAAAGAGAAAGUCUCUCAGAUUUGUGAAGAUGAUGACGAUGAUGAUCCUGAAAACAGGAUUGCAAAGAAAAUGCUUCUUGCCCAAAUAAAAUCCAACUACUCUUCUGGAGCAGAGAGCUCCUCUGAUAAUGAAGGCGCAGGAAAGGAUGAAAAGUCCUCCAAGAAAGUUAAAAAAGAGGAUGAAGAUGAAGAAGAGCAGCAAGAUGAGGAUUCAGAUGACUCAAGCGGCUCUGACAUUGAAGUGAAGAAGCGCAGCAGACGCCACAAAUUGCUCCGUCAUAAACUCUCUCUGAGUGAGGGAGAAUCAGGGGAGGAGAAAACUGCUAGUAAAAAGAAGAACAAGGGGGGCAAGAAGAAGAAAGUAGACAGCGAUGACUCUUCAGACUCAGAUUUUGAGAAGUCAGAGACCAGUGCAGAGUCGGGGAUAAGCGAGGAACUUAGUGAAUCGGAGAAUGAGGGGAAGCGUCGAAAGACUAGAUCAUCAAAGAAGAAGGACGAUGAGAAACAGAGAAGUUAUAAUCAGAAGAAGAAGCGACGCAGGAUCAAAGUUCAGGAUUCCUCAUCCAGCAAUGAGAAGAGCGGAGAGGAAGGUGAUGAAGACGGAGAUGAAGACGGACGCAAAGGACGUAAAAAGAUCCGCAAAAUCCUGAAGGACGACAAGCUGCGGACAGAGACGAGAGAUGCUCUGAAAGAAGAAGAGGAGAGGAGGAAACGUAUAGCUGAGAGAGAGGCACUGAGGAAGAAACUGCGAGAGGUGAUUGUGGUGGAAGAGUCUUCCCAGGUAACCUGUCCUAUCACCACCAAGCUGGUGCUGGAUGAGGAUGAAGAGACCAAGGAGCCACUGGUACAGGUGCACAGGAACCUUGUCACAAAGCUCAAACCUCACCAGGUGGACGGGGUGCAGUUCAUGUGGGACUGCUGCUGUGAAUCUGUGAGGAAGAUCGAGAAGUCUGCUGGCUCCGGCUGCAUCCUUGCCCACUGUAUGGGUCUGGGGAAAACUCUGCAGGUGGUGACAUUACUCCACACUUUGCUCCUUUGUGAGAAGCUCGACUUCUCCACAGCGCUGGUGGUUUGUCCCCUGAACACUGUCCUUAAUUGGCUCAACGAGUUUGAGAAGUGGCAAGAAGGAAUGAAGGAUGACGAGAGUUUAGAGGUGACUGAGCUGGCCACAGUAAAAAGACCACAGGAGCGAUCAUACGCUCUCCAGAGAUGGCAUGACAUGGGUGGUGUAAUGAUCAUCGGCUACGAGAUGUACCGAAACCUGACACAGGGCAGGAACAUCAAGAGCAAGAAGCUCAAAGAGAUCUUUCAGAGGACACUGGUAGAUCCAGGUCCAGACCUGGUAAUCUGUGAUGAAGGUCACAUCCUGAAGAACGAGGCCUCUGCUGUGUCCAAAGCAAUGAACUCUAUCAGGACAAGGAGGAGGAUUGUGCUGACUGGAACGCCUCUGCAAAACAACCUUGUUGAAUACCACUGCAUGGUGAACUUCAUCAAGGAGAACCUUCUUGGGUCAAUUAAGGAGUUCAGGAACCGCUUCAUUAACCCCAUUCAGAAUGGUCAGUGUGCCGAUUCCACAUUUCAAGAUGUCCGGAUCAUGAAGAAGAGGGCUCACAUCCUCUAUGAGAUGCUGGCUGGCUGUGUCCAGAGGAAAGAUUACACAGCGCUCACCAAGUUCCUGCCUCCCAAACAUGAGUAUGUGUUGUCGGUCAGAGUGACUCCCAUCCAGUGUAAACUCUACAGAUACUACCUGGAGCACUUCACAGGUGUGGGGAAUGCUAUGGAGGGGGGCCGGGGCCGCGCAGGGACCAAACUCUUCCAGGAUUUCCAGAUGCUCAGCAGAAUCUGGACCCAUCCCUGGUGCCUUCAGCUGGACUACAUCAGCAAAGAAAACAGGGGUUUCUUUGAUGAGGACAGCAUGGACGAGUUCAUCGCUUCAGAAACAGAAGAAUCCUCCAUGAGUAUGACCUCUGAGGAUGAGAGGGCGAAAAAGAAAAAGAAGCAAGGGAAGGGAAAAAAGAGAGGAUCUGAUGACUCGGACAGUGACGAUGUGGAGGUCAUCAAGGAGUGGAACACCAGCUCUCGGGGCAGAAAUGGAGAAGGUCGGAACAGACCAGAGCCUGUAGAAGAACCUCGGGCCGCCAGCUCAGCACCAGGGAGUCCCAGUGCUGACUGGUACAAGGAGUUUGUCACUGAGGCUGACGCUGAGGUCCUGGAGCACUCUGGAAAAAUGAUGCUCCUCUUUGAGAUCCUGCGCAUGGCAGAGGAAGUAGAUGAAAAAGUGUUGGUGUUCAGUCAGUCUCUCAUCUCUCUUGAUCUGAUCGAGGAUUUCCUGGAGUUGUCCUGCAGAGCUAAAGAUGAAGAAAAAAUCUCACCAUACAAAGGUGAAGGGAAGUGGUACAGGAACAUUGACUACUAUCGCCUGGAUGGUUCCACCAAUGCCACCACCAGGAAGAAGUGGGCUGAAGAGUUUAAUGACACCAGUAACACAAGAGGUCGUUUGUUCCUCAUUUCAACACGAGCUGGCUCUCUUGGCAUCAACCUGGUGGCAGCUAACAGGGUCAUCAUCUUUGACGCCUCUUGGAACCCCUCCUACGACGUCCAGAGUAUCUUCAGGGUCUAUCGCUUUGGCCAGAUUAGGACUGUUUACGUGUACAGGUUCCUGGCCCAGGGUACAAUGGAGGAGAAGAUUUAUGACCGGCAGGUAACCAAGCAGUCUUUGUCAUUCCGAGUGGUGGACCAGCAGCAGAUUGAGAGGCACUUUACAACGAACGAGCUGGCCGAGCUCUACACCUUUGAACCAGACAUGCUGGAUGAUCCCUCAGGGAAGAAGAGCAAGAAAGCCACGCCCUUGCUUCCUAAGGAUCCCUUCCUGGCUGAGAUGCUGCAGAACAAUAAGGACCAGAUCAUGUGUUACCACGAACACGACUCCCUGCUGGACCACAAGGAGGAGGAAGCCCUGAGCGAGGAGGAUCGCAAGGCAGCCUGGGCCGAGUAUGAAGCAGAGAAAAAGGGUGUGUCCAUGAGGACCAACUACCCGGCAGGAUACCUCCAGACUAACAUGGGCUCCUCCAACUACUUCUCCUACAACAUGGCAGCUUUGGCCUCCAUGACCAACCAGCAGCUGGAGGAGCUUAUAAACCAGGGACGACAGAAAGUCAUUGAAGCAACAAACGCAUUGAAGACUCUAGCCCGGGAGUCACUGGAAGAUACUAUCGCCAGAGUGUGGAAGGAGAACCCAGCACUCACAGAGAGUCAGGUCCAGGCCAUGGCCCUGGGACGACAGGCCAGUGUGGAGCUGGAGGUCAAGCGCAGGGAAGUCGCGUACAGGGACGUUCUCACCAGGCAGCAGACGCUGAUGAUGUACGUGCAGAAGCUGAUCACCAACAGGAAGGUGCAGGAGCAGCAGCUGGCCAUGGCCAACCAGGCCAGCUACCUGAACCAGCUGGCCAUGCAGAACGGCAUGAUGGGAGGCAGCGGGCUCAGCCAGAUGGACCUGCUGGGGCUCUACCAGCAGCUCCACGGCCUGGGCAAGAAUCCCGGGCCCUCCAAAGGCCUGUAGGUCAGAGGGACUUCCUCACCACUCACUACCCCCCUCCCCCCACUCAACUAGACGGCUCCCAGUGGGCCAGUCCAAGCGAGGCCCAGUUCUCUGUAACAAACGCACUGUGACACCACCACUCAGAGCUCAAAGCAUCUGGUGCACCAAGCAGAGGGUGGAGUACUUUUGAGACUAGGCUGCUGUCCACUGGGGCCUAAAGUGGGAUAGACUCUCAGUUCUUUAUUCUGUAGUUCAUUGAGAGAAGGUGGAAUAUAAUGUAUAAAUGACUGUGUGAAAGGGGUCUGUUAGGAGUUUCAACAGGAAAAAAAAAAUGUAUAUACCGCCUUAAUGUUAUUCAAGUUCUAUAUCUUCAUUUUUCAUGUAUUUAAAGACAAAUUUUACCCCCAAAGCAUUGUAUUGUUUUUCUCUUAAAGAGGGUUUGCUUAUUAUUUAAACUCAGUUUUUUUAUACUGUUUUAAAUGCCUAACUAAACCUGAGUGGGACCAGUGUCAUUGGUGACAGGACUCUAUGAUGUAAAGCUCUACAUGAUUAUUAGACCCGGUAGAUUCCUUCACCAAUAUAUAGCAAAGCAGACAGCUGAGAGUGCUGCUAAGUCCUGCUCUUUUUGGAAGACUGAAGAAACCGAUAAGUCAACAAAAAACAGAAAAAAAAUUGGCCUUAUAUUCAUUUCCUAAAUAAAGCUCUGUAAAGUUCUGAGAUUUCAGAUUUGUUGAGAAUCUUUUCUAUUAUGCUUUUAAAUGUUUACAUUAGUUGUUGCUAAACAUGGUAAUGGAAUGCUUGUGUUGUUCAAAACUGCCUGCCGAUUCCUAUGACCUUUUUUGUAACAUCAUUCUCAUUGUCACGUGUUGUCUAGCAUAGCACUGUGCGUCCUGUUCAUUGUUUAUGUUCCACUGGGGUGAGUGACUGGGUCUCGCAAAGCACAACCAAUUCAGCCGGAUAUCACAGGGCCCAAAACUUUUCAUUUUACUUGUCUGUCAACGGUGUUUCACGGUGGAUUUGAUAGGAAGAGUGAAAAAGAAAAUCUUAUUAUAUAUCUGGCUGAUUUGUUUCCUCUGCUUUGUGAGAAGUGCCUUCUGGACACUAGUCUCACCAGGCAGGCCCCCCAGUCUACCUGUAUUCUACUUUGGCACAUUUUUUGCUUCUAAAUGCUUAUGCUGGUGUAGCUGUUAAUCGAGAGGAAUAAUUCUCAUUUCUCACAGAGAUGCCUGUUGUCUCUAGUUGGCUCCUGUGUCUGCACAAGGUGUAUUUCAUAAAUGUAGAGAAACUCUUUUGCCCUCCUCUAAGAAUGUUCUUAUGUUAGCAAAUACACCAACAUGAUUUGCCAUGCAAUCUGAUCUGCUAUUAUCUUGAUAAGUAUUUAAUAUAACAUUUAAUAAAGUGACCAAAAGGAUGAGCAA